AUGAUGUCCUCCACCUCCGACGAGGAUCCCUUCCUCCAAGUCCAGCAAGACGUCCUCGCCCAGCUGGCCUCCACGCGCCCCCUCUUCGCGUCCUUCCUGCGCAUCCGCUCGCUCGCCGCCUCCCCCUCCUCCCCCGAGCUCGCCUCCGCCCGCGCCGACCUCGAGGCCGCCCUGGCCGCCCUGGCCGACGACCUGGCCGACCUCGCGGCCUCGGUCCACGCCGUCGAGUCCACCCCCGCCCACUACGGCGUCUCGGCCGCCGAGCUCUCCCGCCGGAAGCAGCUGGUCCACGAGGUCGGCGGCCAGGACGACGACGGCCAGGACGACCCGGACGCGCUCGCCGAGCUCCAGCAGCAGCAGCAGAUGGACAUGAUGCGCGAGCAGGACGAGCACCUCGACGGCGUGUUCCAGACCGUCGGCCAUCUCAGGCGGCAGGCGGGCGACAUGGGGCGCGAGCUGGAGGAGCAGGCCGACAUGCUGGACGUGGUGGACGAGACGGUCGAGCGCGUCGGCGGCAGGCUGCAGGUGGGCAUGCAGAAGCUGGGGCACGUGGUGAGGCAGAACGAGGACCGCUGGAGCAGCUGCUGCAUCGGCGUGCUGAUCCUCGUCUUGAUUGUGCUGCUGGUCCUGCUGCUGAUUGUGUAG